AUAAUCAAAAUAAUAAUAUUUACAAUUAAUUGCAGCAAUAAUAAGCAAUAUUCAACAAUGCCAUGUCAUUUUAUAAUUAUAUGGGACUUGAGAUAUUAACAAUAUGAUUUUGUUUGCGCGAUUAGUGCGCUUUUGUAUCGUACGUACGAAGUUGUGCAACUCCGUGUUCUAAAGUAAUAGACAAAAAUAAUACGUCUAUUUCUAGCAAAACCUAAUUAAACGCUGAGGCACAUUUUCUAUCGACUUUUUUCUCUCAACUAAAUAAAAUUAAAGAAACUUUUUGCUAACGGUUUUAACAGCAAAGAAUUGAAAAUAAUAACUAAACAUAAAUAAAAAGAAGAACGAUUUUUAAGAGUAAAAGUUAAUUAAAAAUAUUUUGCGAGUUGUUGAGUGCUUUUACUUGUGUACAUAUAGAAAAUAAAAAUGGCGGCACAAGUCGCAAACAAAUCAGGUACAGGAUGGCCGCGUCGAAGCAGCCAAGGACAAACGGAUAACAAUAAUGGUACAGCAAAGUUUCCCAGCCCAUCUUUGUCAAUAAAUAGAACCAUAAAAUUAUAUCCUCUUACCGAUUAUACUUUUGGAUGUAAAGAACCGUUAUUUGAGAAAGAUCCUUCGGUUCCUUCGCGUUUUCAACGUAUGCGCGAAGAAUUUGAUCGUAUCGGUAUGAGACGUUCGGUCGAAGGCGUUCUCUUGGUCCAUGAGCACGGCUUGCCCCAUGUCUUAUUAUUACAAUUGGGCACGACUUUCUUUAAAUUACCUGGUGGUGAAUUGAAUGCCGGCGAAGAUGGAGUUGAAGGGCUUAAGAGAUUAUUAACUGAAACUUUAGGCCGUCAAGAUGGCAUCAAACAGGAAUGGGUUGUCGAAGACAUUAUUGGCAAUUGGUGGCGUCCGAACUUCGAACCUCCACAGUAUCCGUAUAUACCACCACACAUCACAAAACCCAAGGAACAUAAACGUUUGUUUUUAGUACAGCUCCAUGAAAAGGCCCUGUUUGCGGUUCCAAAAAAUUACAAACUUGUAGCGGCGCCCCUCUUUGAACUCUAUGAUAAUUCGCAGGGUUAUGGACCCAUAAUUUCAUCACUGCCCCAAGCUUUGUGCAGAUUCAGUUUUAUCUACAUGUGAGUAGAGCUGAACGCUUUGGCUGAGCAUCAUCACGCUCGCCAAACAGUGCAACAACAUCAACAGCAUUAUAUAGAAGAGCAGGGGGACGACUACCAUAAUUGUCAACAAUUACAAAUGGAAGAAUAUUAGAACUCUAAGGAUAAAAUAUAAUUUACUUUUAAAUUCAUGCGUGAAAUGAGCAAAUAAUAUAUGUAAUAAAUAUAUUACAAAUAUCUGAAUAAUCAUUUAAAUUCCAAUAAUAUUAUAAUCUACUUAUAAUUACACUUGCAACCAUUAAAUCGUUUAUAAUAAAACAAUAAAUA